AUGAAUCGAUACAUAACAUUAAACCAAUUGGGGGACGGAACGUUCGGUUCCGUGGUUCUUGGGGAACGUAUCGAUACUGGGGAAAAGGUGGCUAUAAAAAGAAUGAAGAGAAAGUACUAUUCCUGGGAGGAGGCGAUGAACCUACGCGAAGUUAAAUCUUUGAAGAAACUUAGUCAUGCGAAUGUGGUCAAAUUAAAGGAAGUAAUUCGCGAAAAUGAUGUGCUGUAUUUCGUCUUUGAGUACAUGAAGGAGAACCUUUAUCAACUAAUGAAAGACAGGGACAAACUUUUCCCUGAAUCGGUGAUCAGGAAUAUAGUAUACCAAGUGCUUCAAGGAUUGGCGUUCAUGCAUAAACAUGGCUUUUUUCACCGCGACAUGAAACCUGAAAAUUUAUUAUGCAUGGGACCGGAACUGGUGAAGAUUGCGGAUUUCGGUUUGGCCAGAGAAAUACGGUCAAGGCCACCUUACACGGAUUACGUGUACAGAGCGCCAGAAGUGUUGCUUCAUUCAACGACCUACAACAGCCCAAUCGACAUUUGGGCGGUGGGUUGUAUCAUGGCAGAACUAUACACAUUUCGGCCACUUUUCCCCGGUAAAAGCGAAAUCGACGAAAUCUUUAAAAUAUGUUCCGUGAUCGGGACACCAGAGAAAGAUGAUUGGCCAGAAGGAUAUCAAUUGGCCGCCGCUAUGAAUUUCAAAUUUCCAAAUUUUUCUCGUACAUCGUUGAGCAUUUUAAUACCAAAUGCUAGCCAAGAAGCAGUAAUACUUAUGGAAGAUAUGUUACAGUGGAAUCCUAUUAAAAGACCUACAGCACAACAAUCCCUAAGGUAUCCUUAUUUUCAAGCAAACAUGCCCCGCAUAAUUAAUAGUACAAAAAUUGGUGUUGCAUCUCAACGAGAUCUCGUUUUGAACAAAGUGAAUCUUCCACCCCCUAUAUCUAACAAUAAGUCAUACAAUUACUCCCAAGAGGGAAUCAGGACUCCAAUGGGAUCCAGAGCGCAAGAGAAAAUGAUGCAACCCCAGCAACAGCAACAACAAACGAUGCUCCCCCUGUUGAACCAUAACAAUUACAUACGCGAUAGCAAUGCACAUAAGUUGGACGAAGACGAUUUUGCUGAGCUCUUGGGUAGCAAGAUCGUACCCGAGAACGUGAACGCAAAGCUAGUCCCAGAACGAGUGUACAAAGAGAACCGUGCCAAUUGGAAUGCCAAUUAUUUACCAGAGAAUCCACGGCAGGCUAGCAACUGGGUUCUGCCGGCAUGGAACGAGCCAGCGGCCAUCAAUUGGAGCAAAUUGCAGCCGUCGAACGUGAAAAACGGCCAGAAAGCAUCGGGGAAGCAACAUUACUUCAGCGUGGCUCGAUAUGUCGCUGGUCAAAGUGCGAGUUUAUCGUCCAGAAACGGUGACUGCGACACGAACAGGCCUAGAUUAGUACGGAACCUGGUUGGUCAACCGGUGGAGAAGUACGAGGAAUUCACCGAUUCCUUCUGGUUACCUAGGAAUUCCGUUGAGAAUCAGACGAGACAAUAUUAUAUUCCACGAAAUCGAUAUCUCACCGAUCAGACUUUGAGAUUGCCUUAUCCCAGCGUUUAUGGUACACAAAACAUCAAAAAUACGAACAAAGGAACACUUCAAGCAAAGGCAUACGGAACUGUAUUGAACACAAAAGGCAGCGGAGGUCUCCAUGGUCGAACCGACUGGGCUGCUAAGUAUCUCAAAUGACUGUUUGAAAACUAAGCGUACAUUUAACUUAGCGUAUUCAAUUUAUUUAACUGUGAUAGAAUGGCGUUUACCAUUUCAUUCCAUUAUAAAAGAGAUUCAGAUGAAAGUUUCAAGGCCUUUAAAGGCAAAGUUUGGCGGCCUUUAGGAAUAUAAAAUAUCCUAUUUUGUUAAUUGAUUAUUUUCUAAGCCGCUCAGAUGAUUAUACUCUUUAAACAACUUGAUUUAAUAUUUAAUAACAAACGGGCCUUAACUUAUUGAAAUAAGUAAGAAGGAUCUGAAAAAGAAAAGAUGUGCGUUACUUAAAUUUGUUAACAAGUAUGUAUUAUUAUAAUAGUGAUAGUAUUUUGAUAAUACUUACGUAUAGAAUUCAGCACAUUAACUUUUGUAAAGAAGAAAGGGAAACGAUAACAAUUAAUUAAUGUAAAGGAAAGUAUUAGAGGAAACAGUAUCGAUUAAUGAUUAUGGUUAAAAGUGUAAUGUUUUGAAUCGUAAAGAGUAUUUAUACUUGGAUAAGACAUAUUAAAGAAUAUAAUUAUAUAUAUAAUUAUAUAUAUAUAUAUAUGUGUAUAUACAUAUUUAUUAUUUGUACAUGUUAUUAAUUACGAUGUGAAGUAACUUCUGAUAUCUAAAAGACUAAUGUAAAAAUUGAUCACAUCUGCCCUUUUUUGUAUAAUCAAUAGCAUUCUUUUAACGAGUACAUAUUAAAGGCUGUACAGAAUAUUACUCCAUGUCGCUGACGUACGGAUAGUUACAUCAUAAUGAAAAAUAUGAUUAUCAAACAAAAAAGGACUCUCCCUAUUCUCUACAUGCAAUCUUUUUAAGCAUUCUUAUACUGUUCAUUCAUUAUCAUACUUCACUCAUUUCAUAAGUCUAUUACGAUUUUUUUUUUUUCUCUAGUUAUCCUUGUAUAAAUUUUACUAAUUACGUUCGACCAUUCGAGUAUCUUUUUGUCACGUGCUCUUCUUUCCACUUUCGUUUUCUUUCCUCUGACAUAGUUUAUUUUUUUUUUUAAUAGAUACAUCAUGAAACUUAUUGUAAGUUUAAUAUACUAAUGAAAGGCAAUAAAAAAUAUACCGCAGUCGCUUAACGAACCACUAAAAUAUCUUUUCUCGUCUACGAUGCGAUUAUAAAAUUGGAAUUCAUUUCAUAAAAAAAUAUCUCGAAAAAGGAACGUGCCGUGUUCUUCUUCUUCUUCUUUUUCUUCUUCUUCUUCUUCUUCUUCUUCUUCUUCUUCUGUUUCUUUUUUGUUUCUGAACAUCUCCCAACACUUCUCUUAAAUUUUCCUAUUUGAAGAAUUUCUUAAAAAUCCUGCUCGGCAAUUCGAUAUGUUGAAAGUAAAGAUACACUUAAUGACUUAUUGAUUAUCGAAUCUUAAAGACCUUACUUCGUAUUGUGAGUUCAAAAAGAGUAUCGAUGUUUUGUGCACCCUAGUGACAUCAGACAAAACAAAUCAUCCUACGAGAGAAAUUGAAUGAUAGAAUCGAUGAUACGAAUCGAAGAUUGAUAUAAUUAAUUUGUAUUAUUUCAAACUUGUAUGUGUGUAAGUAGUGUACGUAUAGGCAAUUCUCGCGUAUACGUGCGUCGUUUUACGUGUAAUCCCCGGUUCGUGUACACGUGUAUAUACUUCAUUUAAAGGAUCUCUAGAUUAUACAUAUACAGAUUUGAAUAUAUGAAAUACAUCUGUAAGCUGUUUGAAUGGGUGGUACAUUUGAUAAAUAUUACGCAUAUACAUUUAUUCAUUAAUCUUUUAUACGUUGAAGUGUAAUCCAUCAUCGGAACGUUUCGUAAAAAUGCUUCCGAGCUUUCAAUCGUCGGUUAAGUUCAUUUAAUUCACGAGCUUGGAUGAGCUUCAUUGUGUGUGAUUGAAUUUCAAAAUAAAAAGUGAGAAAAGAAAUACAGAAGAAAAUUCUAGCAGAGAAUCUCCACCAUUUCUUUUUUUCUUUUCCAUUGUACAGCUUUAAUCUUUACAGUGACGUGAAAAUAUGAUGUUAGAGUUUUGCAGAGUGUAUCUAUCCAGUGUGAAAGAGUUUCCAUUCAAUGGCUAUAUAAAGAUUGAAAAUAUUUGAUUAUAAUUCGUCCCACGUAACAACGUGGAUAUGUUUCUUGCGUAUUAACGUAGAUAAAAAACGCGCUCGAAGGAAACACAAGCUUUUCUUUCUUUCUUUUUUUUUUCUUCUUCCUCAUCUCUGUUUCAUACGGAAGUAUGUUGCAAGUAUACGUAUCUUGCAUUUAUAAUUAUUAUUUAUAAUUAACUGCAUAUAAUUAUUAACUAUUCACGCAGACAUAUAACAAUUUCUUACAGAAUAACUAGAUUGUGUAAAUUUGCUACGUCUCAACCAUUGAUCUAACAGGUGCAGUGCUGAGAACUACCGGGAAGGACUGAAUUUGGAUAUAAUUCCCCCCUUUUUUUUUUUUUUUUUUUUAACGUCGUUCCGGACAGUUCUAGGAUUAACUUAACGUCAACGAUCUUCGAAUUAAAAAACAGCUCAUCCCGAAGGAUAUGAUUUAAUCCUUGAAUCAAAUGCGACCUUCGAACAAGUUCAAGGCAGGAACUUUUAGGAAAUAUUAUUCUUUUAUUUCUCUUAAAAUUAUUUCAAUAAAUAAAGGAACACUACCAGUUAACGUAUAGGAUGUUUCUGCCAUGUUACGAUUGUUCGUCAUCGUAUUUAUUAUUUAAGGAUUAAAGGAAUUAUUCGUUCCGCUUCCCAUGUGCAACAAAUUGUAUAGCAAUUACAAUAUAUAUAUAUGAAUAUAUAUAUAUAUAUAUUUUUUUUUUGCACUCAACAAUAAAAUCUAAUAGAUAUCGCUAUUAAAUUAGCCAGAAUGAUAUGAAAGACAGAAUAUCAUUGAAGAAAAUUUUUAAAACUAUUUUUUCUGGCUCUUAAUUUAUUCUACAGAAGUUCGAAAGAAGUAUUUAUUUAACGUAAUGCAAAUACAAUAUUGCUCCGUUCUUGCGUUUUAUUGACUGCGAUCACGAAUUUUUGUUAAAAAUAUCAUUUACUUAUUAAUAAAUUACGUUCAAAAUCCGAGUAAAUAUUGUAAUAAUUAUUGUAGUAUUUACGAAAUUAUAAGAAUCGAGAACUCGAAUCACUUUGUGUGUGUGUUCAAUCUGGUGUGUUCAAUAUUUUACGAUUUUCUGAAAUUGAAGUUUUUUUAGUAUUUCCAUAAAUUUAUUGGUAUUUUUUUCUUUAGGAAACAGUUUACAACAAUUUAAACUAA